UAAAAAAGCACAGUUUAAAGUUUGAUUUGUAUGCGAACAUUAUUGUCCUGGGAUUUGAAGACUUGCUUACGCCAACAACUUGAAAAUGAUUUCUCAGUCGAGUCGUUUCCUUCUUCUUCCGUUACGAAAACAGUUUACUUGCACGGUGCGUGCGGCAGCUGUCGUAAUCCCCGUCAAAUCUUACCACACACCCGCCAUUUCCUCUGUAUUUUUCAGCAAAUGCAGACCCUUAAGGCUUCACGUCAAAAUUUCCAACGUGACACCUUGUUCUCAACGCCAGCUGAGCCUUUCUGCGUAUUCCAGAAAUGUGGCAAACGGGCCAACACUCACCAGUGUACCGGCUGCUGCUGCAACAACCAAUAGUACCUCAGAAUUUGUUGACAUACCUGCACCUCCACCCGUACCAACAUCAGUGGAAACAAUUUCAGAGGCAAUUUCCACAAGCAAUUUGGCAGAACCUGCCUUUACAGAAAUUGGUUUAGGAGGAAUGUCACCAAGUGGCCUCAUUCAAACGUGUUUGGAAUGGUUGCACAUUGGCUUGGAUAUUCCUUGGUGGGCUUGCAUCGCGUUAGGGGUGUUGACAGUUCGAACACUUAUGUUUCCCCUAGUCAUAAAAGCCCAGAAGAAUGCAGCCAAAAUGACAAACAAUAUGCCACAGUUACAGGUUCUCCAGCAAAAAAUGACAGAUGCAAGACUGUCUGGAAAUGCCAUCCAAUCCGCCCAGAUGGCGUAUGAGAUUCAACAGUUCAUGAAGGAGAAGGGAUUGAACCCUUUUAAAAAUUUGAUGGUGCCUCUGAUCCAGGCACCUGUGUUUAUGAGUUUUUUCUUUGCCUUAAAGGGUAUGGCAAAUACACCAGUAGAGAGCAUGAAACAUGGAGGGUUGUUCUGGUUCACUGAUCUUACAAUCUGUGACCCAUAUUACAUACUGCCAAUGCUAACUAGUAUUACAGUGUGGGCAACCAUUGAAUUGGGAACCGAUUCAGCCAGGCUUUCUGCUCAAGGCUCACCACUGCUUAUUUAUUUCUUCAGAGCCAUACCAUUCAUCAUGUUUCCCAUUACCAUGAAUUUCUCCGGGGCCAUUCUCUGCUAUUGGCUGACAACCAACAUAAUAUCUUUAAUACAAGUGGGUUUCCUGCGAAUCCCAAAAGUUCGAAGCUAUUUCGACAUAGAUCAGUUAAUAACUGUGACCCCGCUUAAAGGAGCAGGUGCGAAAAAGGGAUUCAUGGAAUCAUUGCGGGAAGCAUGGACUAACCAGAAAAUCACCAGCGAGCUCAACGAACGCCAGCGACUCAUGGACUCAAAUUUCAAACGUGCGGGUACAGGCCCCGUUCAAAAAACGUAUUCGUAUAACCCAACAGCACCCAAAGCACAACAGCUAGUCCAACAGGGUUUCAAACAAGCCAAAAAAGCGGCAUAAUUUUCUUGGAUUGUAAGAGCAAAACAGCAGUUGAGAUAAACUUGUUUAUAGUAGACUUAGUGAUUUUAAAUAAGCUUUUUUGUUUUUUUCUCAUUUCUUUUCCAAUUGGCUUAUCACCAACAAAAUGUAAAUAGUUUUAUCGACUUGUUUGAGUUUGGCCUUCUUCGUCACUGGGUGUACAACCUACCUACAAUACCGAGGGCGGAUAAGUGUUUCGCAGACUCAAAAAGCGAAGUCGCUCGCGAAGUUCCGAUCCAGCUCACUGACCUAACAAGCGCCUUUUUAAUUCUAGGCAUUGGUACUGGACUUGGAUUUUUGACGUUUUCGGUUGAACAGAUUUAUUCAAACUACAAAAAGCACAGACAUCAUUAGUUGGCGUUAAUUUAAAAAAAAAUUAUUUCAGUUUGAUGGUAAGCUUGCUUAGUGGGUGAUCCAAGUAACUCUUUUUACAUUUUUAAAGUAAGCUUGAAUGUAGGAGAGAAGUAGCAUUAGAUAGUAGUGAAGCUUAGUUUCGUUUCUUGAAAAUUUCGCUAUCUGCUGCAAGAAGUUAUAAUGAAUAUGUAGAAAUGUGUUGUUUUUCUUUCUUUUUCAGCAUCUGUGUUGAAUUCCCCCAUCUGUCGUCAGCGUCAAUAAUAAACGUAUAGUCAAUCUUA